AUGGCUAUUCUCACCGUAUUUACGGUUCUCGUCGCGCUGCUCGCGCUAGGAGCAGUGCGAUGCGAGGACGAAACGAUUGGACCGAUUUUCAUGAAGGAACCACCAAACCGAGUAGACUUCAGCAACACGACCGGAGCCGUAGUGGAGUGCGCCGCCCGAGGAUCCCCCCCACCCGAUGUGAUUUGGGUACGAGCUGAUGGAACCGCUGUUGGUGACGUCCCUGGAUUGCGACAGGUGCUGCCGAACGGAAAUCUCGUAUUCCCUCCAUUCCGGGCUGAAGAUUAUCGACAGGAAGUGCAUGCUCAAGUCUAUGCUUGUCUAGCGAGGAAUCCUGUUGGCACAAUCCAUUCUAGAGACGUUAACGUUCGCGCUGUUGUCCAGCAGCAAUAUGAGUCGGAAGUAAAUAACGAGUAUGUGAUUCGUGGAAAUUCAGCUAUACUUAAAUGCUCAAUACCUUCCUUUGUGGCCGACUUUGUUAAUGUCAUUUCUUGGCAUGAUGAACAAGAAAAUGCAUACACAAUUAAUGGGACUAAAGAAGGAGACGUCGUAACUCAAUAUUUUGAGGCCGAAGUUGUCUCAGAGUAUGUUAUUCGUGGGAAUACAGCGGUUUUAAAAUGUAACAUCCCUUCAUUCGUUGCUGACUUCGUCAAAGUGGAAGCUUGGGUUGAUUCCGAUAAAAAUGAAUAUAUGAUAACCGAUGACAUCGUCGUAAAUCAAUUUUAUGAGGCGGAAAUUCUAACCGAAUAUGUGAUACGUGGAAAUGCUGCAGUUUUAAAAUGCUCCAUUCCAUCGUUUGUCGCUGAUUUUGUUAAAGUAGAGGCAUGGAUUGACGAAGAAGGAACAGUGAUUAGCUAUUCCGAAGACCUCGUGGUGUCACAGUAUUACGUGACUGAAGCCGAAAAUGAGUACGUGAUUAGAGGGAACGCAGCCAUUGUUCACUGCAAGAUCCCAUCGUUUGUUACCGACUUUGUGCAUGUGGAGUCCUGGGUAUUAGAUGAUGGACAAAUAUUGACGAUAAAUAAUACGAGUUAUCAAGAGGUUGUGUCCCAGCCAUACGAAGCUGAAGCAGACAAUGAAUACGUUAUCCGUGGCAACGCGGCAAUAAUGAAAUGCGAAGUUCCCAGCUUCGUUUCCGAUUUCGUUUUUGUUGAAAUGUGGAUGGACAGUGAAGGCGGUACUUACUUUCCCGGAAGUAAUGAGGCUGUUUUGCAAGCGUAUGAGGCUAGAGUGAAUGAUGAAUUCGUUUUGAGAGGCAACACGGCGAUUCUUAAAUGCAUCGUUCCGUCCUUCGUGGCCGAUUUCGUCCAUGUCGUAUCUUGGAUAAUGGACAACGACACUGUUACUGCUGAUGAAAAUCUUGAUAACAUUUCUGUUGUUCAUCAGAAUUAUGAACCUCGAGUUACUGAUGAAGACGUUUUAAGAGGAAAUUCAGCUAUCGUUAAAUGUACAAUACCUUCAUUUGUGUCGGACUACGUUCAGGUUGUAGAAUGGGUGACUGAAGAGGAGUCACUCUCUGUAUUUUCGCUAAAUGACUCUGCCGCCAAUUACGCUGUCAAUCAGUUCUACGAAUCGCAGGUUUACGAUAUAUAUGUUAUUCGCGGUAACGCUGCCGUAUUCAAAUGCCACAUCCCAUCAUUUGUUUCGGAUCAUGUUCACGUAGUUUCUUGGCACGAUUCCGAAGGUGGAGAGUUUAUAAAGAAUGAAAACUACGUCGUAUCACAAGCCUACACUGUCAAUCUUGUCGAAGAAAACGUUUUACGGGGAAAUGCGGCUAUAUUGAAAUGCCUUAUCCCGAGCUUUGUCACUGAAUAUGUACAAGUUUCUUCCUGGAUCAUAUCAGAGGGCGAUGAUGAAACUGAAAUAAAAGUAAACGAUACUACCAACCGAGAUGUUGUUUCUCAAGCUUACACUGUCAAUUUAAUGGAAGAGAGUGUAUUGCGUGGUAAUGCAGCUAUCCUGAAAUGUCAUAUUUCAACAUUUGUUACCGAGUACGUUAGUGUUUCUUCUUGGAUUAUUUCUGAAGGCGACAAGGAAGAGUUAGAAAUACAGCAAACCGAUUCUAAUGAUUUGGUCGUCUCUCAGUCCUACACCGUUAACCUUUGGGAGGAGAACGUUUUGAGAGGGAAUUCUGCUAUACUAAAGUGCCACAUUCCUAGUUUUGUUACUGAAUACGUCACUGUUACGUCUUGGAUCAUUUCUGAGGGAGAUAACGAAGAGUUGGAUAUUAAUUUAGAUUCCGAUUCCAACUUAGUCGUGUCUCAGGCUUACGAUGUUAAGUUCUGGGAAGAAUAUGUGUUGCGUGGAAACGCUGCUGUUCUCAAAUGCCAAAUUCCUAGUUACGUAUCUGAAUACGUUUCUGUCGUAUCUUGGAUUAUAUCGGAAGACGACAACGAACAAGAAGUAAAAAUAGACGAGUUGUCCGAUUUAGUUGUUUCCCAGGCGUAUGCCGUCAAUUUAAUGGAAGAGUAUGUCUUGCGGGGAAACUCAGCUAUUUUAAAAUGCCACAUCCCUAGUUUUGUGUCGGAAUAUGUGACAGUAGUCUCUUGGAUUAUUAGUGAAGGGGAGGAAACUGAUGAAAUCAACCUCGAUAGUGAUCAGAAUUCAUAUGAGGGCAAAUACUUGGUUUUACCAUCUGGAGAAUUGCAUAUUCGUGAUGUUGGACCUGAAGACGGUUACAAAUCUUACCAAUGUAGAACAAAGCAUAGACUAACUGGUGAAACCCGUUUAUCAGCUACAAAGGGAAGAUUAGUUAUCACAGAACCGAUGGGACGUGUACCCCCCAAGUUUCCUAGCGCGCAGACGACCAGUGGAUUCCAGUUCCACGAAUUCUCCGAUCUCGCUGUUCUCUGCCCUGCACAGGCAUUUCCAGCACCUAUGUAUCGUCAAGUUGGUGCAAUGUUUGUAGCCACCGAGGACACGCCAUUCUCAUUGCAGUGUCCAGCUCAGGCGUUCCCUGUCCCCGUAUUCAGGUAA